AUGGCAGUGAACUUCACUGAUCCACCUUGCAGCACCAAUAAAAGUGUACUUCCACUUCACCGCCUCCUUAUUCGCUACCACUUCCAUCUCUUGCUCAAAUUCUCGAGCAGUCGACGUUUGCCCAUCUAUCCGAUCCCCAAGGCUCUUAUGCUGAAGAAGUCAUGGAGCGGCAUUGUUUCAAGCGCCAACGAAACCUUAUCAAACAUUUUAGUGCGCCAUGGCAUUAAUCUCGAUUACGUUAGUGAGAGGAUAGAUGACCUUUUGAAUGCCUCAAAGGCCAUUGAAAAGCGAUAUGACAAACUUGGAAACAGAGAAUCGAGCUGUUAUCCGGUAUACAAUGACAUACUCAGCCGCCUUUCCAAGCAAUUUAUUACCUAUGAGAAUGCCGCUAUGCCAAGGCACCUUCUUGUUGACAGUUCCUACACCUCUACUCAUUACGACAGUUACUUCCCUAAAAUCCGCUCUCUACUUCAAAAACUGAGCGAAUCUGUAGACGCUGAGUCUUUAACUGUAGCCAAAGACUUGAAGACUGAACUGUCCGCUCUCGUAACCGCCUUUACCGCUGCCUCAAACCUGCUUCGUGGAGGACUCUUCGGUUCACUAAACCUAGUAAAUGCAUUUAUUUGUGCUCGCUCCAAUUAG